CUUUUUCUUUUUUUUUUUCUUUAUUGAAAACCAUGGAAGACAAUAAGAGCAGCAACAGUGAAAAAGCACCUAUUCUUUGUACAGCAGGGUGUGGCUUUUAUGGCAGUGAAGCCUUUAAUAACAUGUGUAGUCAGUGCUUUAAGGCCAAGAACAAAGAGCCUUCUGAAAAGGUCAAGUCACCAUCUCUUGACGAUACCACCAUCGUAACCAACAUUGAAAAGUCAAGAAAGCACCUUCGAAGUCCCUCCCCCGACGAUCCGAGAAUAAGCAGUGCACCUGGUUCUUCAAUAGCUUCGCCAUCUAUUCAAGAGAACGAUAGCAACCAAAAACCCGUUCAGUCAAAUAAAGGAAGAUGCUUUAAAUGUCGAUUAAAGGUUCCUUUAGCUAAACAAGCAGCUAACAAAUGUAGAUGUGGAUAUGUAUUUUGUGAUAGUCAUCGUUACCCUGACCGACAUGACUGCGAUGUCGAUUAUGCAAAGCUAGAUAGAGAAAUCCUAGCAAAAAACAAUCCUAAAUUACAUGAGCGUCCAAAAGGUGGUAGAUCAUUUCAACGCAUUGAUAGUUUAUAAUCACUUUUUUUUUUAUCCCUCAAAUAAAGCAUGAGUGAAAUAUCUAUAUAUAAAAAAAAAA